CAUCGGGCUGGCACGACUGCCUUGAGGACAGAGCCCAGCACGUCUUUCGCUGGUGCACGCUCAUGGCUUCAUCGCAGACGAGCCCAAUGACCUCAUCCACGACCAUGACAAGGCCCCUAUGUACAAGAAAGGGAUCCCUUAUGACGUGGUGCAUCCCAAAAUCUGCUCGAGCCUGCUUCGGGUGUCUGGCACUAUGCCCGCAGCACACACUAGCGGAUGGCCCGGCGGGAGCUCGUACUACUCGCAGCUAUGGCAGCUGGAAGAAGCACGACUUGAACGGAGACGUGGAGAUUGGCAGUGUUGCGGUCCCUUGGAUGCUCAAACUCAGCUACCUCAUCGUACAUACUACUGUACAACCUCUGCCUCCACAGCCGCGUCUCACAGAGAUAGGGGACGUAUGAGAGGUGCGACAAACCCCUACUCUAUGGACGGGAACAUUUCACCUACCGGUGGGGUCAUAGGGCAACAACAGCACGAAUCUGUCCUUCCCUUGCUGGCAAUCACUCCUCCAUGGAACAGCCGGGAGAUCCAGAAUUGGCACCGGAUAGACCGCGGCGGUCGCCGCUGACUUUGCUCAAGCAAGCAGUCAGUACAGUAGUCCUACUGUAGGACCUUUCGCCUCUAUACCCAUCAUGCUUUCGCCUCUUGCGACUGUUGCGC